AAAGUGCGAAUAAAGCGUUUAGUCCCAAACAUCUCGUUCAAUUGAAAACAUCUCCGCCAAUCGUCAACAUCAAAUGAGAAACUUUCUAAGUAAUAUACUAUAUGGAUUAGCGCUGCUGCUGAUACAACUGGUAUAUCAUGGAUCCGCAGCACCAGAGAGGCUCCGGGGGAAUGCUGACUUGAUCUCAGAAAGUCAGAGAGACAGCGAUUAUAUUAGUCAAGUGAUGCGUCACGCCAAAGCAGCAGAGAUGGCGAGCUUCAUGAAUGAGAGCGUCAAUCCGUGUGACGAUUUCUACAAAUUUGCCUGUGGCAAUUGGCGUCGAAUUAAUAUGGUUAGAGGCAACAAAUUGUCUACUGGACUCUUUGAACGAGUGGCCGAAGGCCUCAAUCGCAAAGUGAAGCAUUUGCUUGAGCACAAGAAUGACCAACUAGAUACCGAAGAGGACAAGCAAGUGAGGAAUUUUUAUAAAUCCUGCACAGCCAUUACUGCCAUCGAUGAAACCUAUCGCAACAAAUUGAAGAAAGUAAUUAGCGACUUCGGAGCGAUGCCAGCUCUAGAAGGAAGUAAAUGGAAUGAGUCAGAAUUUGAUUGGAUUGAAACAAUUGGCGAAAUCGCUUUCACCUAUGGUCAGACAAUUAUAAUAGGUGUUGAGGUUAACACUGACUUGGCCAACAACGAAGUGAACAUAGUGUACGUUACUGAGCAGGCGUUUCCUCUCAAGGUGCGUGGAAUGUAUUUAAAGAACAAUACGAAAACAUAUCGCACAAGGAUUCGCGACGUCAUGGCCAAGGAACUCAACAACUAUCUGAACAUAGAGGCAAAUUUAGCGCAGUCAACCGCCACGGAAUUGAUGGACUUUGAGGUGGAGCUGGCCAAAGGACUGAAAAGCGAAAACGAAGUCUUGGACUUAGAAAAGGAAUCCAACCUGACAACUAUUGCCGAGAUGCAGAAACUCUAUGGACCCACACUAGACAUACAGCGUUUGGUUAAUAUAUCCCUAGACGAGGAGAUAACUUCCGUUUAUGACCUUCUUCCACAGUAUAAAGUCAAUCUUGUCAAAGUCAUUCAACGCACUCCGAAACGAAUUUUGGCCAACUACAUUUUCUAUAGGUUGGUUAAACCACUUAUGCUCGACGUGGGAACUAAAAAGUCUGAAAGAGAGAUGAACUGUCAAUCCCUGACUAAGAAAUACUUUGCCAAGUUCUUGGACAACAUGGUCUACAGGCGGCAUAAUAACGACGACACUGCCGCCGAUGUGCAGCUCAUGUGGACAGAAAUGCAAGAGACUUUUAAACAAAAACUCCAGUCAAAUUCAUUUUUGAAGUGGAUAAGUCCGGAAACCCGAAAAUUGGCUACUGAGAAGCUGGCAGCAAUGAAGCUGGAAAUUAACUCCUACGCAAAUCAAAAUCUCACGGAGGAGUUUGGAAAUAUUCAAAUGUCCGAGGACGAUUAUAUUGAUAAUCUCUUGUACAUAUUUGAGGAUGAAGCGAUCUCGCAAAGAGAGCUUAUUAAUCAGCCUGCCACGCCUUUCGAAGCAGGAGACACGCUCGCCUACACUCCGGCCAAUAUCCUGCUAGAGAACGUCGUCAAGGUGCCAGUGGCGAUGCUGCAGCCUUAUUACAUGUGGGCUUCCAAUUAUCCCAAUGCCAUAAAGUUUGGCACUUUGGCGGCACUCAUUGGACACGAGAUCAUCCAUGGAUUCGAUAUCAGUGGCAGCAAGUUCGACGCCGAGGGCAAUCUUAAAGACUGGUGGGACGAGGUGUCCAGAAAUAACUUUGUUGAUCGCCAACAAUGUUUUAAGAAGCAGUACAGUAAUUAUUCGUAUUACGGCAAAAAGCUGCCUAAGACAGAUGAACAGUCGGAGAAUAUCGCGGACAACGGCGGAGUCCGACUUGCUUUUGAUGCCUAUCGCAGGUGGCAGCAAGCACAGGAUUCCUCGCUCAACGAUCCUGGAAGCAGAUUGAGCCACAAAGAGACGCUGCCCACUCUGAAUUACACCAGCAUGCAGCUGUUCUUUAUUAGCUAUGCGCAAAUUUGGUGCUCUGACGUUCAUUCAAAUCUAAGACUAUUACAAGUGACAGUGGAUGACCAUGUCCCACACAAGUUCCGUGUUCUUGUACCCCUUUCCAAUUUUGAUGAGUUCUCCAAGGAGUUCCAUUGUGCUCUUGGCACAAAGAUGAACCCAGUUCGCAAGUGCGAGAUCUACUAAGGAGUGAUAAUAGACAAUUUCCUUUGUUUGUUUACAUUACAGAGAGAAUCGAUUUAAAUAUUUGCAAGUUUGCUUAACUCUAAUAUCAUAACAUACUAAAAAAUUAGUUGGUUUUAAAAGGUCAUUUUCAAUUUUAAUUUUUUGAAAACGAAUUUUAAAAGAAAAUGUAAUAGCCAAUAAAUUAUAUGUUAUAAUG